AUGGCAGACGUUGGAGCGAAGAACUCACAAACGGAAACAAUCAGGAAACUGGGGUCUGAAAUCAGGACAGCAAUGACGGCCAUUGCAGAUUAUGAGGAGGGAGUUGUCCGAUUGGGUGACACGGCCAAGGAUGAGCUAAUCUCAACCAUGAAGAAGAUAGUCCGGGACAGGAAGAAAACGCUCCAGGCGCUCGAAGCGCAAUAUGAGACUAUUGCGAAGAUGCCACACACAGAAGCUUUAUCCGAGGGCCCUCGCGUACUGGUAGUCUCGAUCGCAGAUCUAGGACAAGUUGCCUCUGCAGAGGCAAAGGCUUGGGAAGAUUACAGAAUCCUCAAACUCGCGUAUCUCGAACUUUCUGCCGAAUACGUUCGCAUGGAAGGUGAGGUUCGUGACAAAGAGCACCUCGAAGAACAAAGCAGAGGUGUCGGGUCUAUCGAAUCUGUAGAAGCGACGGAAGGCGAUAGCGAGGUACAGAAGCUAAAGAACAACAUCAAAGACUACGAAGACAAGCUUCGAGAGCAGACCUCUGCACGCAAAAAGCUUUUCAAUAAUGCGUACGAAGCGACGAUUGCAGCGAAUCGUGCCGCGAAGAGUAAUUUGGUAGUCCCCGGUAUUGGUACAUGGACUCCCAUGCCUGUACACAUUCCAAUCACUACCGCUCAAGUAAAGGUUAAAGAUAUACCCUCCGACGUUAUAGCCGCCUCCAAGAAUAUCCAAACGGGUACGACUUCGAAUGUCGCAGCCACUGUGCCCAGGAGCAUGACUGCUAUCAUCAAGGUGGACAAAACACUUUCGAGUAUUACGCUGUGCCCUCCCCAGGAGCUAUACGUAUAUGUCAAGCGCAUUGAGCAACAAAAGUUCGACAUUGGCGACAUCGGCUGGUUCCCUAUUCUACGCCCCUCUUUGUCCGAAUCUUCGUCUGACCUCCACACCGAGUUCGGCUACAUCUGCGCCAAAUCUUAUCCAUUGAUCAUCGUGGAAAAGCUGGAGGACUAUGCUGGGUCUGAUCAUCUCUACAUCGAAUGGAAAUGGCCUAAGUCUAAAACACUCCUCUAUCAGCAGCCGCAGUGUCCCCGUCGUCGCUCAGUUGUCGUCGAAUGUUGCCACAACGCCUAA